AUGCUACAUUCAUAUCUAACUGAUAUAGGUACUCGUAACCCAUCGAUUACCUCUAAAUUAUGGCCUUCAUAUAAUCUAGAAACUGCUAGUACUGUAAAUUUUCAUAGCUCUCCCGACAAUAAUAGUAACACUUUAAGAAUAAUUAAUCCAGAAGGUUUUCCAAUGAAUCGUGCAAGAUUUCUGACUACAUAUGAAGAAUCACAGAAUAAUUUAGAAACUUAUUUAACAGACAGUAGUAGUGAUAAUAAUGGUACGUAUAUUAGACCAUUUGACCUGUGCUCUCGUUCAAUCCCGAUCUAUUUUCCUACAUUCAAUAAUUAUCAGUCGUCCGAGAACAUAGAACUUGAAACAAAUCCAGCGAACGCAAAACCUAUCAACCAAUUUCCAGACUAUUCUCACAUACUAAUAAACAAACAUGUCCAUGGUACUGCUACUAAUAAUGCUAGCAAUGAUUGUGACUGUAAUAAAGUGGAUGAAAUACAAAAUUCACAAAUAAAAUCUAGUUUUUUUGAUGCGGGAUUAAAUUUAACUACAAAUGGAUAUCAACAACAAGGAUUAAAUAAAUCGAUAACUGAAAGUAAUUCUUAUCUGAAACAAAAUAACAGCGAUAUUCUUAAUACAAAUGCUAAAUGUGAAUCAGAAACACCAACUGCUAGUUUAAAAUAUCCUUUAUGUGUUCCACAUCCAUCAGAAUUACCAAUAGAACAUUUUAACUCUUUUAAAAAAUUCACCGAAAUGACAAUAAAAUCAACGGAAUCAAACCAGUCGUUAACAACAAAUCUUCCAACAAGCUAUCGACUUCAAGGAUAUCCUAUUCAUCAAACAAGAAAUGAUUUUUUGAAUCCCUAUACAAACAACUUUAAUUUAUCGAAUCCAACGUCAAAUCAUACGUUAUUUAAUGAUAUAUCCUCUUUUAUUUAUGAUAAUCAGUUAUAUAAUUCGUCCUUAAACCAUACACUUCCUUAUCAACACAAUUUGCACCUACAACAUCAGUUACAACAAGAGAAUGCUCCAAGAGAACAAAGUCAUCAGAAGCAAACUAAACGAAAUGAUCCAAAUAAGUUUUCAAUAACUACAAAUCAGUCAGAAGGAAAUGUUCAAGACAGUUCAGUAAAACCACCAUACUCAUAUAUCGCGUUGAUAGCAAUGGCCAUUUCAUCCCAAUAUGAUGGGAAAGCAACACUAAAUGGAAUUUAUCGUUAUAUCAUGGAUAAUUAUCCAUAUUAUCGAGAAAAUAAACAAGGUUGGCAAAAUUCUAUUCGUCAUAAUCUAAGUUUAAAUGAUUGCUUUGUUAAAGUGCCUAGAGAUGAUACGAAACCAGGCAAAGGUUCAUUUUGGACUUUACAUCCAGAAGCACAUAAUAUGUUUGAUAAUGGUUCAUAUUUAAGACGUAAACGUCGAUUUAAAACUGAUCUUACUUCAACAGAACGUUAUUGUAGCAUGAAAAAACGUAAUUUUAUUGGAGAGAAUUUAAUGAACUCAAUCAAAAAGAAUUUAUUAAAAAAUAAUUGCAGGGAUAAUCUUAAUGAUUCAAGAACUAAUCUUGAAUUGACAAAUGAAAUAGAUGGAACUAAUAUUAAUACUAAUUACGAAGACGAAGAUAAUUAUGGCAAUGAAAGAACUGAAUACUGUAAUGACAAUGAUGACAGUCAUCUAUCAGAUAAAGACAAAAACAUUGCGAAAUUAACAGAUGGUCAGAUCUCAUCAAAAUCAAAUUAUUCAUUUGGUUCAACUACGUUUCAAACAUCUAAUGAAUUUAUGGAAGUGAGUAUUAUUACUAGUACUGUUACUACAACUAGUGAUACGAUUACUCAAACAAUGAAAACAUCAAGUACUGCAUAUCAUCCACUGUUGUGUUUACAACGUCAAGUAGUAGCACAUUCCGAUUCAAACAAUAAUUCUUUAAUUAAAAUGGGUAAUUUUGUGGAUUCUAAACAAUCUUAUCUUAAUUUUAAUACACCGAUAAAAUAUAAGGAUGAAUUUUGUCAAGGUCAUACUCAUGAUUAUUACUCAUCAGGUGCUAUACCAAAACAUUCUGAUAUGAUAAAAAACUUAAAUGAGUCUUUUCAAAAUGAUGAGGUUGAAAGUAAUGCCAGAAAUAGUCAUCUGCAACAAGCAAUUAAUUCAAUCUAUACAAACCAAUAUCAAUAUCACAUACCUGAACAUAUACAACAAAAUAAAAUUUAUGAUUUAUCAUCAUCAUCAUCUAUGAAUAUUCAAUUGAACAAUGAACACCAUAAAUCGUUUCAAACGUUUAUCCCGACUGAAUCGGAUUCAGAAGCAUCCCAUAAUAUAAGUAAUAACAAUUGUGAUAAUGUCAAUAAUGAUACAAAUCAAAUUCACCUGUAUGAAAAGUUACCGCGAUGUCCAAAACCCAAUGUAUCAUCAUUUCAUUCUAAAGGAAGUGAAUACUUUGAUUAUCCAUGCUGGUUAAGAAGUGAGAAUUUCGCUACAAAUAUGUGGAAUAAAACAACGGAAAUCUGUGCCUCCGAAUCAAAUACCUCAUUAAUAAACAAUCAGUCAUCUUGGUCAAAAUCACCAGUGAAUAAAAUUACCGGUCAGAGUAUAAAUGAGCUGAGUCAUAGUCAACCAGAUUAUCCCCAGGCUCUUUUCCAUGUACAAGGUAAUCAAGUAUCAAGUGAACACAUAUUAAAUCCAUUAGGGUCAAUGCAAAUGACAGCAGUUACAACUGUACAACGAUCAAAUAUGGAGAGUCAUCAGCAGAACAAUACUUCUGACAGCAAUCAAAGUGUUCAUUGUGAAGCAUUAUGGAACCAUAGUAAUUCAACAAAUAUUAAAUGUCCAACAGCAGAAAUAACUACUGAUAAAAAAGUUGGAAUUAUUGAAAAUUCACUUCUUGAAGGGUAUUCAACACGUAAUGUCAAUGGCGAAAAAAUUAAUCAUAAAAAUCUAAAACCUAGCCUUGAGAGUAUAAAAGUACCUAAUACAUACACAUCAUCGUGCAUAUCUGGAGUCGAAAAUUCUUCAACAAGUUCGAAUGAGUCACAUUUAAUUUGACUGCUUCAAGCCAAUCAUCAAAGAGAUCAAUAAAAUAUGAUUAUUAUUUAACUUAAUUCUUUCUUCAGUAUUGUGUUGUUAAAUAACAAUUAACUCAUAUUAUAACAGUUUUAUUAGAGCCUCUGUCCAAAUCAAACUACUGAAGUAUCACUUGUAAUUUAUUUGUCUUCUUCCUUUGUUUUCAUAUUUUAUUUCAUGUUCAUUACCAUGAGAUAGAACAUAUUUUACUUGAGUUAUUGAAAAAUUUAUUAAGUCGACUCACAUAUACGGCGCUAAAUCUGUUAGUACUGUACAUGUCUCCAUUACGAUAAAAAUAAAUAAUUACAAAAAUAGACUUGAAACUAUUUUUCUGUGUUCUAUCGUUCUCAUC